AUGGAUCUGGGAUGCACAGUGAUUAAGGUUAUAGAGACAAUCCUCUUCAGUUUGAAUGAAAUCCAAUGCAUUGAUUUUAAAGUGAAGCCAGUAACAUUCAAUGGUACAAGAGUUAAACUUCAAAUAUGGGAUACUGCUGGCCAGGAACGAUUCCAUACACUCAGUACUAGCUAUUUUCGUGGUGCACAAGGCUUUAUUCUUGUAUAUGACAUCACAAAUCUGGACAGUUUUCAAAGUAUAACAACCUGGAUGAAAGACAUACAUGAGAAAGCAGGUGAUGAAGUGGACGUAAUACUGUUGGGCAACAAGUGUGAUAAGGAGUCAGAACGUGUAGUUCCAAAGCAUAAAGGAGAAAAGCUUGCUUGGGAACAUGGAAUACCCUUUUUUGAAACCAGUGCUAAAGAUAAUGUAAACAUUGAGGAUGCAUUCUCAGUCUUGACUAAUGAAAUACUGGAAAAGAAAACCUGUGUAUUAUAUGACUUAGAUGUUGUGGCUCUAAAUGAAAGUAAGAAGAGAACCUGCUGUGCAUUCUGAAGUAUUGUUUCUUAAUCCAUUUUCUUUUCAGAAAAUAUUAAAUGUUGCAGAGGAACAUACAAGAUUUUAAAAGUGAGCCUGUAAUCCCAAAACACAGUAUUACACAGACUUUGUUGCCAAAUGUUUUGAUAUGUUUAUAUUAUAUUUUCAUAUUUUUAAUGUGAAGUUAAAACAAUUAUCUGACUUUGGAAUUAUUAGAUGCAUCGCAGGAUGACUGCAUUUGCAUACAAAUGUUUGCAGAAAUGAAUAUAAGUGAUAAUUUUCUAAGUCUAAUUUUCUCAUAUUAAAAAAAAAAUUACCUUGACUUCUUUUUUCUGUGUUAUUUCUGCAAGAUUUGUAAUGUAAUGAACAUUGACACCAUCACACAGGCAACUUUCUGAUACAUGAAAUCACUUUUGCUAUCCCCUAGAUAAUAUCUCUUUAAGUGGCUGAUAUUUACCGCAGUACGCUAAAAUAAUUUUCUGGGAAUUCUCGGCUUUGUUUCUUUUAUAGCCAUUUCAGAAACAUAGGUGUUACUUGAAUACCCUUGAACAGGGAGGCUGCAAAGGUGAGGGCUCAGAGGAACAAAUAAGAAUAAGCCGUAUACAAGAUCAGUAUGUUGCUGAGCCUUCCUUAGAAGGCAGGAAACAUGGAAUAAUAGAAUGCAUCCAGUAAUAAUUAUCUUGCUAAUAUAAAGUUUUAUUAUUCUAUGAAAUAAUUCAUGCAGGUGUUAGCAGCAUACCUGCAUUUUCAAAUGUUCCUUUGCUCAUAAAUGAUCACAAUUUUAAAAGGAUGUGCAGUGCUUAUUUGAUAUUGUGAGAUAUUUAUGUUAUUUUCUUAAUGUAUAAAUACAUCAGGUAUCUGAUUCUGCUCAUUUAGAUCUGUUUUAUACUGGUAUGUAAUAUCUUUAAUUUCAUUGAAGGAUAUAUGAUCUUAUUUAAACUUAAAUGAGGGCAGAAUCAGGUUACCAUUUUUUUUCUUUAAUCAAAGGCAAAGAAAAUACAAAUCAAACCUGCUGGACAGGCACAAAGCAAACACAAGUUAGGAAAUCUGAAGAAUUGUGAUCAUAUUGUCUUUUUAUUAAUUUUUUUUGCCUGGGAGUUGUGAUUCUUGCUAUUACAUUUAUUUUUUUUAUCACCAUUUUUGAAUUAAUAAUACUACUGUGCAAAACUGUGUUGUGAGCCACCUCAGCACAUCCAGAAAAACUAACUCCACUGGCUUAUUGUUCUGGAAUGUCACUCCCCUCCUGAAAUAUGCCUACUUCUUUUUGAGGGCUGUUUGCAGACUGUAAUAAUAUCAAAAUAUUAUUAAAUUUGGUAUUGAGACAGUGAGCUCAACUGGAAAAUGCUCUCUGAAGCAUAGGGGACAUAAUGUGCCUGCGCAUACUGCCGGGUUACUGUCCCACCAGGCCAUUUAGUAUGCUUGCAGAGGGGUGUGAAAGGAUGGGAAGGGCUUCGUGUUUACAGCUGCUCCAGACUACUCAUUAUGGUCAGUCACUUAAACUAGCAAAAUCUGAAAACAAGGAACAAAGGGUAAUCACUGCUUUAGUUACAACUGUAGCAGAGGAAGAAACCAGUGUUGGAAGGGAUUUUGAGAGGCUGUCUAGGUCCUUGUCUUGUGGUGUCUCUGAGUGGCAUACAGUCUGUUUUAAACUGGUUUGGCAAGCAGGAAGUUUCCUAAUACCUAACUUAACUGACACACGUGGAGAGCAGGCUCUCCCUUUCCUCUUGAUGUAGGUGAACACCUCUGCCUGCCCUCACUCUUCUCUUCAGGCCAGAGAGCCCCUGUCCCUUCUACCUUACCUUGUAAUUUUGGUUUUUGGAAUCCUUUGCCAGUUUUGUCUCUUUCCUCUCAAUAUUUUUGUGUUCUCAGCUAUCCUGGAGUUUAGACCUGAAAACUGAGCAGGCUAUUCUGUAAAAUGAUUUUUUCGUUAUCUUAUGAUACUCCUAUUUAUGCAUUCCAGCAUCAGCAUAAUACAAGAUAGCCUAGCACUGCUCAUGAUCCAUAAUCUCUUUCCUGAAGAACUGCUUUUUUAUCCUGAUCAUUGAAGAUUUUAUGAUUCAACCCAGUUAGUCUUUAUUUCACUUCCUUUCCUUCCUCUGUGUAGAUCAAAUUCUGCAGUUUUGCCUUCAGCACUGGAUCUCCCAUGAACUUCAAUCUGUCCUGAACUCACAGAAGUUUAGCAACUAGUUCUCUGAGUUUUAGUCUCCAUUUAGUUCCUCCUUCUCUUCCUAACAAUGAUAAAUAGAUAAAAGAGGGUAGGAUUGAUUUGUAAUUUUAAUUUUGUCUCUGUAUAGCUAACGAGCAUUUCAAAUACAGGAGUUUUUUCUAUACAUUUUUCCUUCUCGCAGUGUUUUCUGCUACUUGUGGCUUAAGUAUGAUCCACUCACUGGCUCACUUUAGGGAGAUGCAAACACUUAGGUUCCCAUUCAGUGUUUGCUGCAUGCUUCACCCCUCCUACCUGAUGCAGUGUGCUUCACCUAACACUCCAAAUAGCAAGAGUGCUCUCCUCUUUGCAUCUUUUGCUCUCCUGGAGCAAAACAGCUGCCUUUUUCUGAGCAUAUGCAUUGUUGGGUACGUUCACAGGAGUGUGCCACUGGGGAAAAACCACCACUCUCACUAGAAAGGACCAAAAAACUCUCCCACCAAAAUGGAACACUGUGCUUGGAGGCAUUUUCCCACCUAGAAAAUAGGAUGCAAGUUGUGAGCAUUAUCUUCAUUUAGUUCUCUCCGAAGCUGGAUGAUAGUGUUGCACAAAUUCCCACAGAUGGAAUUUUUAGAAUAAAUAAAGGUUAAAUAAGGGAUUUGACUGGAAAAAGGAGGACACCUUUUAUAGUGAAAUAGAAGAUAAAAGGUGAACAUUCACACCAGACCCUCAGAUCUCUUGAGAAUAUCCUACCUGAGCAAAGAUUGUUUGGAUUUUGCCAGUAAGACAGGAAUAACAUUCUCUUUCAAAACAUGAAACAUGAUGUACAGACAUCAACUAUAUCAAAUGUGGUGUUCUCUUUCCCCCUUGCCUCAGAGAAAUGUAGGUAUUUAGGAUCUGAUUCUGAAGCGAUCACUGCAUUGCCUGUUGUUUCCCACUGGACUUGUAAAUACUUAUUACAAAAAACAAGCCUUUGGUAUAAAGGCAAAUCACCUGUAGGAAGAAGAAAUGCAAAUUCAUGGGACGUUUUAAAGAAAUACUGACUAUGAGGGCUCUACAUGAAACAGUGUAUAAGGCUCAGAGUCUUAUUUGGUGCGUGUAUACUAAGGUGUAAAGCAUGUUACCAGAUUCAUACUAAAUCAGUUUGUUGUGAACAGCUCCAUUUCAAAUGUUAACGUAGAUACAAACUGAUGAGGAUCCAAAAUGCUUUAAAAAAAUCAUUUUACUGGCAAUGGAAUAAAUAUAUACUAGAGAUUUUACAGCCUGCUGCAUAAAUGUGUUGUGAAAUCAACAUGAAAGUCAAUUUAAAAUGCAUUUAAGAGUAAUUUCAGGAAUUAUUCUGAGUCCCCCUGCCACUGCUUACCUUUUUUGGUGACAAU